CAAUCGGUGCCGCCCCCACUGACUUCUCUCGCCGCUGCCGGGCGCUGGGGUGACGUCAGAGGAGUGCGCCGAAUGUUUACGUGGAGAUGGGAGAGAGCGGUAGGCGCUGUAGCUAACGCUGCGCAUUGCUGUGUGUGUCUGUACAGGCGCAGGCAUGGAGGAGGAGGACCAGGAGAGGAAGAGGAAGCUGGAGGCCGGCAAGGCUAAGCUUGCUCAGUUCAGACAGCGCAAAGGGCAGGCUGAUGGCCAACAUGCAGCAAAGAAGCCCAAGAAGAAGAAAGCCUCAACUGGCUCCAAAGGACAACAAACUGCUGAAGAUGCACAGGAAACAAGCUAUUCACAGAGUCAUCAUAGUCACUCCCAGAGCACCGAAGGCGCUUCUGCUACCGAAGAGUUUUCCAUCAUGAGAACCUUGUCCCAGGGGGAAAGUGUAAAACAUGACAAGACUUACACAAUAGAACCUGAAAGUGAAAUUUCCAGUACAGCUGAUGAUUAUAGUUCAGAGGUAACUGGUGACAGAUUUCCCCCGACAGCAAACAGUACAGCAGACCUUGUGAGGGAAGAAGAAGAAUUCGAAGUGCGAGAGACUUACUCUGAGCAAGGCACGUGCAGCUCUCUGACAAGGCUGGAGGUGAUGGAGGAUGAGCUGGCUGGAAAGCAGCAAGAAAUUGAAGAGCUGAACAAAGAGCUGGAGGAAAUGAGGGCAGCCUGUGGUACACAAGGACUGCAGCAGCUCCAAGAGUUUGAAAUGGCAAUAAAGCAAAGAGAUGAUAUCAUCACUCAACUUACUACAAACCUUCAACAAGCAAGAAAGGAGAAAGAUGAAAUAAUGAAAGAGUUUCUUGAACUUACAGAACAAAGCCAAAAAUUAAAGAUUCAGUUUCAGCACUUACAGGCCAGUGAAGCACUUAGAAACAAUAGUCAUACAAGUACAGCUGCAGAUCUUCUGCAAUCCAAGCAGCAAAUACUCGCUUAUCAGCAACAGCUGGAAGAACAGGAGCAUCGGCUAAAACUUUAUCAGAAAGAUAAUGAAAGCUACAAGGCACAUAACGAAUCCCUGCAGGCCAAGAUUCAGGAUAUGGAACAGCUAAAAGAACUUGAACUCUCAUAUAAAAGAAGGUUAAACGAAAAAGAUGUGUCCAUUGACAAUAUGAAAAUAGCAUUACAGGAGGAAGAAAGCAAAUCAAGCCAACUAACUGAAAGAAUUUCACUGUUUGAAAAAUCAGCAGAAGAACUGAGACAAGAGUUAGUAAUAAAACAUCAGGAAAUAAAUAACCUGGCUGAGGAACUUAGCUCUUCCAGACAGAGGGAAAGACAGUCUUCCGAAGAAAUUAAGCAGUUGAUGGGUACAGUGGAAGAGCUGCAGAAAAAACAUUAUAAAGGCACUCAAUUUGAGGCAGACAUAGUUCAGCGAAUGGAGUUGGAAGCAGGAAGGAAGCUGGAACAACUUCGAGCAGAACUAGAUGAAAUGUAUGGACAACAGAUAGUGCAGAUGAAACAAGAGCUAGUCAAGCAACAUGCAUCUGAGAUUGAGAAGCUUCUUGCACAGCAUAAAGCAGAAUUAGAUAAUAUUUCUAUUCAGUCGACAGUCAGUAUGACCAAUGAACAGAUCAAUGAACUCAAUAUUACAAUAAACAAAUUAAAUGCCCAACUGCAGUGUUCUAAUCAAAAGCAAACUAAAAUAAAGGAAGAUUUUUCCUUGCAACUUAAAGUUGUAACAUCUGAAAAAUCUCUUUUGCAAGGGCAAAUCAAAGACUUGCUGCAGGAUAUGACUCUUGCUCGUGAGCAGAUUCAAAAAGCAAAAGAAAGCAUAACAGAAAAAGAAAGCAAACUCAGUGAAGCUAGUAGUUUACUUGUUGCAGUUGAUGAUCUGAAAGCAGAGCUGGCAGCUGCAAAUGCAUAUACAAAAGAGUUACAAACCAAACAUGAAUCUGAAAUUACAAAUUACAAGAUUAAACUUGAUAUGUUAGAGAGGGAAAAAGAUGCUGUUUUAGAUAGAAUGGCCGAAUCUCAAGAAGCUGAAUUUGAGAAGCUAAGGACUCAUUUUCUGUUCAGCCAAGAAGAGGAACUCUCAAAACUUAGAGAAGAUUUAACUCGAGAGCAUUCAGAAAACACUGAAAAUCUAAAACAAAAUCUCGAGACAAAAUUUAGGCAACAACUUGAUAAUAUGCAGCAUGACAUGAACCAGACUAUAAGCACCAUGCAGUCUGAAAAAGAUACCUUAGUAACCAAACAGAACAAUUUAAUGUUGGAGAUUUCAAAGUUGAAAGACCUACUGCAAUCAGUUGGUGAUCCCCAAUCAGAAGAAAUGAUGAUUCAGAUGAAUGAACUUCAGAAAGAUCUGGAACCUUAUAGAAGGGAAGAGAAAGAGAAGGAAACAACAGAACAAGACUUUCAGAUGCUUCAACUUAAAAUUAAGUUGCUCGAAAAAGAGGUGAAAGAGAAAGACACUCUGAGUGAACAGAUUGCAUCUCAAAAGGUGGAUAUCCGAAUUCUCAGAGAUGAAAACAAUACUUUGCAGGCAACACUAAAAAACUACAACAUUAUUGGUUCUGUCAGUGAUCAGGGUGAUGACAGAAACUCUGAGUUGAGAAAUGAAAUGGAAAAGCUCACUUUAGAGAACAAGCAACUUAAAAAAUUAGAAUUUACAUUAAAAGAGGAGCUUGAACGACAAAAGAACACAUUUUCAUUUGCAGAGAAAAAUUUUGAGGUCAAUUUCCAUGAAUUACAAGAAGAAUAUACAUGCCUUUUAAAGAUAAAGAAUCAAUUAGAAGAUAGCAUAACAAAAAAAGAAGAAGAAUACAGUAUUAAACUCAACUCUCUUAAUAAAGAGUUGGCAAAGUUAAAAGGCAUUUCUGCCGAGGAACACCCAGCGCUUCAAGACAUCAAGGAUGAGGUUCCUGGUGCAUCUGAACUUGUCAAAAUAGAUGCACUUGAGGUCGGAGAAGUUGUUGAGAAAGAUACUACUGAGUUAAUGGAAAAGCUUGAGAUUGCCCAACGUGAUAAGAAAGAAUUGUCUUUGAAACUUUUUGAUCUCUCUGAGCAGAUGCAGUUGAAGCAAAAUGAAAUUAAUCAGCUCAAGGAACAUGUGAAAUCAUUAUGCCAAGAAAGAGAUAAUGCUUUGUCUGAUCUCCAAAAGCAGGAGAAGGUAAUAGGUGUGAAGGAGACACUAAGUGCUCAAUCUGACAAAAAAACUCUUAACGAUAGAUUGGGAAUAAUGUCAAAUGAAGAGAUCGACAAGUGUAACAUCUCCCUUGCAGAAGAGAUUUUGAUUAAUGAAGCGGAAGAGCGAGAAGAUAUUCAGCAUCUAAAUAACUGUUCUCUUUCACAUUUAUCUGCUGAAACCCAUGUUUCAAAAGUAGAAAAAGAGAGUGAGCCACACAUUCAAAAGCUACACGAAUUGUCUUACAUUAAAGAGACUGAGUCUCCUCUCUUGGUAAGGACACAGAAAGAAAGAGACUCUCUUCAACAAGAACUAGCUACUUUGCACGCUGCUCAGGCUGACAUGAAAUUGCAUUUGGAAGCUCAACAAAUAAGUCUUACUCUGAUUCACAAUGCUCAAAUAGAACUAAUAAAUGAAAACCUGCAAAAGCAAAAAGAAAAUGAGCUUUGCAGCCUUAAAAAGGAGAUGCUGAAGAUUCAGGAACUGAAGAUCAAAGAGCUGCAUGAUGUGCAUCAGCAAGAACUACAAGCCCUCCAAUUGCAACAAACAGGUGGUGAUACAAAAUCUUGUCAGGUCCUAAUAGAUUUGCUUAAUAAGAGGAUCAGUGAUGAACGAGAUCAUAUUAUUGAGAACAUAAGAAGAAGUUUUCUGGAAAAAAAGUUAGAAAAUAUAGAUGGAACAGAAAACAUAGAAAGCUCUUUACAAGAAAGUUCAUAUCCUGUAGCCUUGGAGCAUCAUCUAACCCAAGUGCAAACUAAAUACACACAAAUGACAAAUUUUCUGGAAUACUUCCUGAAAGAAUAUAAGCAGACAACCAACUGUUACAGCAACCUGGAGAUUGAAAGGGCUCAGACCUUCAGAGAUGACCUGGAUGUGACUACCAUUACAGAGAGCUUGACUACUAAGCAUUCUCCUGUUGCAGGCAUUGUUGAUGUCCAGGGGGCUGCCACAUCUCAAUCAGAGGAGGUUGAAAAACUUAAAAUGGAGUUCAGCCAUCAAAGAGCCCAGCUUGAGGAAAAGCAUUCGCAAGAAAUCGAACAUCUACGAUUUUAUUUUCAACAGCAGUUAAAGGAAAAUGAAGAACGUUACACUACAGAGAUAAUCCAUUUGCAGGAGCACAUUCAGAAUGUCAGUGAGACCUCACUGGAUUUCCGGGAGCUGUCUAAAAUGCAGCCUGGAGUGGAAGUAGGAUUAUAUGAAGCUGACAUUUUUAAAACUCUCAGUACGCAAGUUACUGCUACAUUAAAGAUGGAUGAACAAGGACAAGUAGGGGGUAAGCCUGUUAAGAAGCCCAGUGGUUCCAUUUAUCACCAGUUGCAAACACUCCGGCAGGCUUUUUAUGCUAGGUACCUAGAAGAAGUGAGUGCACUGAAAAAACAGCAUGAAGCAGAAUUGAUUCAACUGAGAGAAGAUCUAGAGGGCAAAUAUUACCAAGAGAAUGCAACCCUGAAAGAACAGAUUAAACUACUGACAAAAGCUGAGCAAGAGGAUCCAAUUGGUAACAUCCAGAAACUUCAGAGGUCUCCUGUCAAUGACACAGAGGGAAAGACACCAGCAGAUGUAAAUCAGUUAUUGGAAGAACGCUACCAAGAGAGAAUACAGGAAGAAGUAGCAAAGGUUAUUGUGGAGAUGACUGUGGCCUUUGCCCAGAAAACUGAACUUGCGAGACUGGCUGCACCUAUAGAUGGUGGAACUGCGAGAUUUUCUAAAGGUUCUCAAGGAACCACUGGUACGAUUGAGAUGAGGGAGGAUAAUAAAUAUCAACUGUGUCAUGGGAAGGAAGAAAGCUUGAGGCCAUCUGAAUCCUUAUCCUCUGACCGCAUGCACUUACAAGAUGGCACAGAGGUUUUGAAUUGUGUUACAAGUUAUGUAACUGCAGUAAGCACAGAUACAACAAACACUUCUUUAAGCCAAGAACUGAAUGAUGACCUGCACCCAAAAGAUCAGGAUAAAAAUGUGACUGUUGACUCGCAUUUCUCUGAAAAAACUGUUGUCCUUAAAGAAGAAGACUACAACCGCAUGCUUGCGAUGGGUGCAGAAAAUGCCAAGCUAAGACCUUUGUAUGAAGAACAUGUAGAAGACAUGAGACAAGAGUUGGUGAGACUGGAGCAGGAGCACCAGCAGUCUGUUGAGGCCCUAAAAUAUUCUCACAUGGAACAGUUAGAAAGGCAGAUGUAUGAUCAGGAGCAACUCCUCUCUGAGCUGCAUAUGGUGCGGGCACAGCUAAACGUGAAUGCUUCAAUAAGCAGCCAAACCAGUGAAUCGGAAGAAUUGCUGGAAGAGCCACAGAGCCCUGAAACUGAAGAGAAUUGGGCAGGCAUAGUGCAGGACAAUAGCUCUCAGACACUGGAAGAACACGUGGCUGAGAGCGAAAGUAAGGAUGAAUUCUGGGACGGUGUUAGCAAGAAGGAAGAAGGAAAUAAAGAAAGCGAGGGUGACUUACCAGAUGAACCCAUCUGUGACAGAAAACACUUGAUGAGGUCAAAUAAGCAGCUACUUAAGAUCCUGCUUGAAAUUGUAAAAACAACUGGUGCCGUGGAGGAAACAAUAGGGCACCAUGUCCUGGGACUCCUAGACAAACCUGGAAGACGACCAUCGGCACCCCAAGUGUUAGUUUGGAACCCUGCAAAUGAAGACUUGGGGAUGACACUUGACUUAGAGGCACCUAAAACAACAGGUCCUAUUGCUCUAAAAGACUUUAUUGGGUCCAAGGAUGCAGACAUUUGGUCAGAGGACACAGAAGAAGAACUGGACCUCACAGAUAGAUGGCUUGCAGGAGCUGGUCUGAGCUCAGAAGACGAAGCCCAGGUGCUUCACAUAAGUGCAAGGCUUCAAACAGCUGUGGAAAAACUUCUGGAAGCCAUUAAUGAAUCCAAUAAUCAGCUAGAACAUGUUAAAGCUGCCCAGACAGAGCUUGUACGUGAAUCCAUUAAAAGGAAACAGGAGACUGCAGAUUUGCUCCGAUGCCAAGAGGAGCUUCAAGAAAGACUCAAUGAGGAGGCCAAAGCUAGAGAGCACUUGGCACUGGAACUCAGCAGAGCAGAAGGCCUCCUCGAUGGCUACUCAGAUGAGAGAGUCUUUCUUGAAAAGCAAAUUCAGGAAAAAAAUGACCUGGUCCGGCAUCUUGAGCAGGAGCUGCAGAGUACAGGUAACAGAUUGCAGGAAUUCGAACAGGAGCUCCAACAGCUACAGGAGGAGAGGGAGUUGCUCUCCAGGCAGAAAAAUGCACUGAGGGCUGAGGCAACACCUGCUGAGCAAAGCUUAGUAGCAGCUGCAGUCGAUGCAGCUCCCACAGAAGAGUUGAUAGAGGAAACUGAGAAACUGCUAAAGGAGAAGAUAGAGGUGCAACGUCAAGCAGAAAAGGACUCAGGGGACCUUUACAAACAGGUCAAAGUGCUGGAAACAGAACUGGAAGAACAGAUGAGCCGGAACCUGGAAAUAGAGCAAGAAAAGAAUUCAGAUCUAGAAGACCUCCAACAAAAGAAUCUGUCCUUGGAAAAACAGCUUGAAAAGACCCGCAAAUUUUUAGAUGAGCAGGCAGUGGAUCGAGAGCAUGAAAGAGAUGUUUUUCAGCAGGAAAUCCUGAAACUUGAGCAGCAACUUAAAAUGCCUCAAAGGCACCAGCCUGUUACAGAUCAUCAAAGCAAUGCGCUUGAAAAACUGGAAACUAACCUAAAGGAAAAGACAGACAAAUGCAAUGAACUGCUGCUCUGCAAAGAACAGUUCCAGCGGGAUAUUCAAGAAAGGAAUGAAGAGAUUGAGAAGCUGGAGUGUCGGAUCAGGGAACUGGAGCAGGCCUUGCUCAUCAGUGAUGAUACCCUUAAGAAGGUGGAGCUCAGAAGACAGUCCAUCGUCAUUAGUUCCAAAGGAGAAAUACCUCUAGAAGCACAACUCCAAGUGGAGCGUGACGCAAUAGAUCGAAAAGAAAAAGAGAUCACAAACCUAGAAGAACAGCUGGAACAGUUCCGAGAAGAACUGGAAAACAAGAAUGAAGAAGUACAGCAGCUCCAUAUGCAGCUAGAAAUUCAGAGAAAAGAAUCUUCUACCCGGUUACUGGAGCUGGAACAGGAAAAUAAAGUGCUCAAGGAUGAAAAUGUAGAUCAUGAUAAUCAAAGCUCUGCUAUAAAGACCCAUCACAUGAAACCAGAAGAGUUUGAAGACAUUCUGUUUUUGAAAGAACAAGAAAUUGAUCAGCUGAAUGAGCAUGUGGGGAGGCUGCAGGCACAACUUGAGACCGCAACAGAUAACAAAACUAUCGAAGAUAAAAAUAAUCAAAUUAAAGAAUAUAAGAGCCAAAUAAAAUGCUUAAAAAGUGACCAAGAACGUCUUAAGAGGAACAGUGAAGAAGAGAUAGAAAAACUUAAUGAAGUCAUUGAGAAACUUCAAGAUGAAUUAGCAAGUAUAGACAACAAAGUGUCAGUGGACGUUACCAGCAUGACAGAAGAUGCAGAUAGUAGUAAGCACCAGCUGGAAACCAUUAUGGCAGAAAAAGAUUUGCUACAGAAGAAGGUGGAGCUCAGUGAUACAGAACUGGCCAUUACAAGAACUGCACUUGAGGAAACCAGAACUGAAAUAGAGCUGCUAAAAACAGAAUUAAAAAGUGUGAGAGAAGGCCAAAUAGCUAGUAAACAAGUAUAUGAAGAAUGUAAUAAUGUUACAUUGGAAUUCAGAAAUGAUAAGGAGGAAGAGGCAGAAGCCACAUCAGAGCCUUUAGAAAAUUCUCUACUUUAUGUUCAGCAUGAGGCUAUGCAGGAUACUAUUCAUGGCUUGGAGUCAAAGCUGCAGGAACUUAAGCAAACUAUAAAAGAAAAGGACAUAGAGCUGCUGCAAUAUUAUGAUAAAGUUAAGCUAGUAGAAGAACAGAGCCAAGUCAUAGAUCAACUAAAUCAAGUGAUAAGAAAACUUCAGGAAGAAAGUACUGCUGCAGAUUCAGUCUUUAAUAGCAUAGAAGUCUCUGAUAUUUCAGAAUGCCAAAAUAAAACCACAUUGGCCGAAGAAAUGUCUUUAAGUAGUGAAAGUGCUAGUAGUAAACACGAGCUACUAAACACUGAGCUGGAGGAAACGCAAGCAGAAUUGAAAUCACUGAAAGAAGAGUUAGAAAAACUUAAACAGUCUCCAGAAAACGCAAAUGCAAAAUGGGAAGGUAAAGCUAAGUAUGAUAUUAAGAAACUUGAGAAUGCAUUAAGAGAAAAGACUGCUGAACUCUUGGCAAGUCAGGCUCUGCUCAGUUCUGUGCAGGAUACUGUGCAAAGCACUAUACAGAACUUAGAGUCUCAAGUACAGAAUUUGCAGAAGAUUGUUGAAGAAAAGGAUUCAGAACUUUUACAAUAUGCAGUUCAAAAGCAACUUUUAGAAAAGCAAGCAGUAGAGCUUGAACAGCUGAAUGGGGUAAUUGAAAGUCUUCAUCAAAAACUUUCUAAAGCAAAACAAAUUAAGUCACCAGAGAAGGUGGAAAGAGCCAAAGACCUUGUAACAGAUAAGAUGCAAAAGGAAAACAGAAUUUUGCAAACAGCAGAAUUAAAUGGGGAGGAGACCGCCUUUGUAAAGAUAGAAUUAGAGAAUGCAAAGGAAGAGAUUAAACACUUGAGAGGUGAGUUGGACAGACUGCAAGCAUCUCUUUUUAAGAGUGAGGAGGCAUUAAGUGAAAAGGCUGUUCAACCUCUGGAAAAUCAAGCUUUGUCUGCUUCUGCAGAAGAGGCCAUGCAGAGAGCCAUGAAAAACAUGGAGUCCCAGUUACAAGGACUUCAGAUAGAUUUUGACAGAAAAGACUUAGAACUUCUACAGUGUUCAAAUGAAAUUGAGUUGCUUGAGGAGCAAGUAAAGACUGAACGAAAUCGCCAUGAUGAAGUCAUGUUAGCUAUGGAAAACACACUAAGGGAAAAGGUGGCUGCAGCUUUGGUGAGUGAAGCUCAAGUGAAAGCUAUCCAGCUCAUGCAGAAGACUGAGGAUUCUUACAUUCUGCAAGAAGAGUCCAAAGGAACUCAGACUUCAAAAUCUCAUGAAGAAGAAGUAGCAGAGUCCAACUUAUCUGCUCUAUCAUUAAGGCUUUUACAGCUAGAGAAGCAGUUAUCAGACCUACACGAAGAACUGCAGGUGGAACGAGAGCGUGCCAUCGCUGCAAAUCAUCAGGUUGCCGAAAAAGAACAGAAACUCACAGAACUGCAGCAACUUUUAGACUGCAGUAACAGUAGAAGUGAUGAAAAGCUUAAAGAAAAAACAUCGUCAAAGCUUAUACAUGACCCACUUCAAAGCAAUGUUUUGGAAAACCAGCUUGAAAGACUCCAAGCAGAGGCGAAAGCUUCCAAUGAGGAAUUGGCUCACUUCAGAAACAUGGCUGAAAAGCUGAAAGAGGAGCUUUUGGUAAAAGAAGCAAGUAUAGGCCACUUAGAAAAAGAUGUCUGCCAUGUGAGAAAAAGCCUGGUGGAAGCAGAAGAACAGCUGAAAGCUUAUAUAAAAAUGGAAUCACAACAAGAAGACAAGAAGCCGACUCCCCUGCAAACAAAAACGUCUUCCUCACAAACCAAGAAAACACAGAGUAUUAACAACAGCAACCAGACUCCCCAAGUUUGUCUUACUGAUAAAGGAGUCCAAAAUGUCCUGGAUGAGGAACACUGGGGUAGCCCAUCUGAUGAAGUAGCAGCAAUAAUAAAACAGUACACAGAAAAGAUUGGGCAAAUGCAGGACCUCCAUGCUGCUGAAAUCCUAGAUAUGGAGGCCAGACACAUUUCAGAGGCAGACUCAUUAAGAAGAGAUCAGUAUGUUGCUGUUCAGGCUCUCACUGAAGAAUGUGAAGCUUUGAAAGCAGUGAUUGAAUCCAUGAGAGCCACAGCUGGUGGUGUUAAGCCGGAUUCAGUUCUUCCCACUUCAUACCAAUUUGUGGAUACCACCUCUAGUGACACAGGCUCUGACUGGAGCCAAGGAGCCUACGUUCCAAAUUUUGAAUCCGUUCCAGAUGGAGUGAGAAGUGAUGAUGAAGUUGCAACAGAUUUAUUACCAAAUAAGAUAAAGAAUUUGUUACGAGCUGUUCACCAAGAGAGUAUACAGGUCUUAUCACUGACCGAGCCAGAUGGUGCUGACAGCGAUUCGUCACAGUCUUUCCCUGCCAACAUGGAGCCUUGGCUCAAGGAGAGAAAAACUUUGCUUGAAACCAUUGCAUCCCUGAAAGAUUUGAUUGGGAAAAUGCAAAUUCACAAGGAGGCUAAGGCUUCAGAAAGCCCUGACUUGUAUGACCUUGUCCCAGACUGGCGAGGGGAGCUUCUCAGAGCCAUUCAGGAAGUGUUUGACAGGGAACAAGAUGUUUUGCUGUCUGCAUUCCACACACAGCUGGCAUCUCUGGGUACCUGUGAUGCAGCCGCACUCAUGAACCAGAUGCAACACAGACUUCAGGAGCAGGGAAUGGAGCAGGUAAAUGCGAUGGACUGCAUACAGAAUGCAGACAGGAGGAGCUUAUUACUGGAGGUGCAGGAUCUUCGUUCUCAGCUGUUAAGUUUGAGGAAUGAUGUUGCUGCUAAACCUCCAUCAGUCUCAUUAGCGGAAGAUAUGGCUUACCAAAAUUUGGAACAAGAUCACACUCAUCAGAUUCAGGAAAUGCACCUGCAGCUUAACAGGAUGAGCGUAAGAUCCAGUGAAUUGGAAGAGCAGCUGAGUUCUGAGAGACAUCUGGGGACCGAAGUAAAGAAUGAACUUGCACAAACCAAAAUUGAACUAGAAUCUGCCCUCAGCCAACAGCACAAGCACUUUAAAGAGCUGGAGUCUCUUAGGUUGGAAAUCAAACAGAGGUCAGAUGAACUUGAUGCAGUCAGCGAAACUUUAGAAAAUGAGCAAAAAAAGACUAGAGAAUUGCAGUGGGCUCUGGAGAAAGAAAAGGCCAAAGUGGAGCGCAGUGAAGAAAGGGGGAAAGAAGAACUUGAGGACUUGAAAAUGCUGGUUGAUACACAAAGUGAGAAGAUUAAAGAGAUCAGCAACCUUUUGGAAAAUGAAAAGCAGAAGGUGAAGGAUCUCCAAGAAAGGAUGGAAUCUAGGGAAAUUGCCUUCGUUGCUGAGUUGUCACAGGAGAAAAGCAAGGCUGCAGAGCUUCAAGCUUUCCUUGACGAAGAGAAAACUCGGUGUAAAGAGCUGGUAAAUGCACUAGACUGUAGAACAAAAUUGCAUACACAACUUCAGAAGUGCGAAGGAGGUGAACAGUCUGAUUCACACAGCCAGGCUGAUGAUCUGCUGAAAGACCUGCAGAGUCAGUUGGAAGUGAAGCAUCAUCGCAUUGUAGAGCUGGUGGGAGAAAUGGAGGCCUAUAAGCUGGAGUGUGUUCAGUUAAGAAGAAGCAUUGAGGAAGAGAAGCAAAGUCACAGAAGGCAGAUAGAAGCAGAGAGUGACUCUGGGAAAGCUGCGCAUAUACAGGCACAGGAGCUUAAGACCAUGGUGGAUGACCUUCAGCAGAAGCUAAAUGCAAAAACUGUAGAGUUACAGAAAGUGAAGGCAGAUGAGAAGCGCUUGAAAGAGACAAUCCAGGGGCUGGAAAAUAAUAACCAACAGGUCAUUACUGAACAUCGCAGUGCAAGAAGAGAGCUUGGCGCAAGUACUAGUGGAUGGAAAAGCACCACAGACACACCAAGAAGUAAUGGGCAUCAGCAAAGUGAGGAAAGCACUGGCAGUUCAUUGAGACAAAUUCCUUCAAUUGCGCUAAAUGGAGACUAUAUUGGAGGUGGGGGCCCUUUCAGUGUAGAGACCAUCAGGGAAAGGUUACAGAAGGUGUCUGAUAAGCUCAAAUGCUUGUCCACUAAAGCCAACCAAAGGAUCCUGUUUGAGAGUGUAGACCAUGAAGACUUGACCUGGUCAAAAAACAGCAUUCAGGAGAUUAUAUAUCAGCUUGGACAAGUAGCAGUUCUGUCACUUGACGGAGAGAAUUUUGUUUUCCCACCUGGGAUAUCCACAAACACACUUACAGAAAAGCUGCUGACACAAAAUGCAGAGCUCACAGGCUAUGUUAGUAGAUUAACAGAGGAAAAGAACGAUCUUCGGAAUGCAUUACUGAGACUUGAGGAAGAGGCCUGUCGUCAUCGAUUGAGAGGACCAUCAGGUGACCAUUCUUUUGGGCCAUUAUCAGUAGAGAAUACAGCUAAUAUCGAUAUGCUCAUUGCCUCUGAGAGAGAGCUGUGGAUCCGAGAGAAAAUAAAGCUACAGAAGUCUUUGAAGCAGACAGAAGCAGAGUUAUCCAAAGUGAAAGCUGAACUGAGGAAUGAAACCACACAAAAGGAUUUUGGCCGGGAAUCAGAAAAUACUGCUUUAAAAAGAGUGUACAGCAAAUACCUCCGGGCAGAGAGCUUUAGGAAAGCCCUCGUGUACCAGAAGAAAUACCUCCUACUGUUACUUGGGGGAUUUCAGGAAUGCGAAGAGGCCACCUUGGCUCUAAUAGCCAGAAUGGGUGGGCAGCCCAGCUACACAGACCUAGAAGUCAUAACGCACCAUACAAGAGCCUUCACGCGCUUCCGCUCCGCUGUUAGAGUGUCCAUAGCCAUUUCAAGGAUGAAGUUCUUAGUUAGGAGGUGGCAGCGAGCAACUGGCUCCAGUCCAAGCAGUAUAAAUAGAAACGUAUUUGGGCAAAUUACAGGCAAUGAGCUGAGGACAGAGUCACCCUACCCUCCUGCCGGCAGCCUGGAGCUGUAUGGGGAGCAGAGGCACUUGGCAUGUCGCUCUAGAUCAGAGUUUGAUUCCCCACAGUCCACUGUGAAUUCCCAACAUAGGUAUAAUGCUGUCUCUGAUGUGAGUCCCUGUUCUUAUCUCCGGAAUUAUGACCCCGACAGAGCUUUAACAGACUACAUAACCCGCCUAGAAGCACUACAGAAACGGCUAGGCAGCGCACACACAGGCUCCAGCAACACAUCCCAUUACAGUACCAGAAGGUAAUAUCCUUACAAUACUUGAACUGCCUCCUGUAAAUCUGUGCUGCUUCUGUGAUUCCGUAUUGUGCACAUGAAUGGGACCAACACCAGCCCAGAGAAACAAUCACACCAUCAGCACCCAUUAAGCAGUCUGGAAUUUCUAUAUAUAUGAGCUUUUUUUCUUUUUUUUGUGUUUUGUUAUAAAAAUCAGCCGCUGAAUUAAAUGUACAUUUUUGUGGAUUUCUAAUUUAAUGAUUAACUUAUACGUAUUUAUCAAACGGGUGAACGAACUUUUUAUUGUAUUGCGGAACGGGAGGCCUUGCUCAAAGGCUGAAGAAAACGUCCUAAUAUUUGCUACUGGCAGCGCGGAUUGAACUUAUAUGUAGAGACCUAUUUUUGUAAAGGUAGAAGUUUUGAAUUUUAUGGGUAUUUUGUCAAGGUACUGAAACGAAAUAAAUUUCAUCAUUUUAA